AUGGGGUGCGAGUGCCAAUAUACCUACCUAUCAUGCUUACAACCUUAUGAGAGGAUUCGAGCUUUGGAGCGCGGAACAGGAGAAUGUCUAGAUUGUCUUCCUCAGACGGUGUUUGAGAUUGCACAAUUAGAUCAAACCGAGUCUCCGCACAAUGACCGAGUCGACCGGAGUAGGGCUCCACUUCUACCGGCCCGCCCCGCACCCUCCAAAAAAACCAGUGACGAGACUGGCAGACCCCCCCGAGCUGCAGGCGCGUUAGGCUGGGCCGCGAUAAGAUACGAGGGGAGCAGCGCAACGGGGAACAGACCCGCCCGCCGUGGUCACCCAGACAACAGCGCUAGCGUAAACAAUCCCCACGACCGCUCCUUCGUGGGUGCCCAGUACUACCGCCCUUCAGCUCACCGACACGACCAUCCCAUCCAGUCCCCAGGAAGAGACACAAUUCCGUAUAGCUGUCGGGGUUCCUCUCGCCUUUAUCCAACAUCCACCAAGCAUUGGAAUUACAUCACCCGCCCCUCCCGUUAUUCUGGCCGUCUCUUCUUCAUUCUUCUUCAGAGCAAGCUUCAGUAUUCCCGCCCAGCAUUCCACACGAAGGAGGGGGGAUAG